CCUCCCCAUCACCGAGCAUCAUCCUGGAGCUACAGUCGAUCCGUCGCCGCGACCGCCUGACAAGCAGCUUACCCUACCCACUCGCCCUCUCCACCCUCUCCCCACCCUCUCCACAUCGUGUCUGGUCCUUUUCGUGUCACACUCUAUCCUUGCAACCCUUAUCAGUCUUAUAAUAUUAUUGCAUCAUGUCCGCUCCUGCUCCCACAAAGCACGCUUCCGAGUCGCAUGUUCCAACAAUCUACACCUCCAAACCUGCCCUCGACGUUCCCAUCCCUGGAGCGACCGAGAGACCACAGCCAGUGAAGUUUAUGUCCACACCCACAUACCAGAGCCCGUUACGACAUCACAGGCGAGCGGCUUCCUCUAAUAGACACGUCAAGGAAACGCUCAAUGCCCGGUCCCAGUACAGCAACAGCGAGGAUGACGGCACCGCCCAACACCGCAUCAACCAGUACUGGAUAAAGCAGGAGAUUGGCCGUGGUUCGUUUGGCGCCGUCCAGCUCGCCGUGGACCAGUAUGGCCAAGAAUAUGCUGUCAAGGAAUUCUCAAAGUCCCGGCUGCGGAAACGCGCACAAUCGAACCUCCUCCGCCGACCGGGACGACGACGCGCUCUUCCUGCCGGUAUAGGCUUCAAUUCGCCGCUCCAUCGACAUUCGUCCACCGAGGAAAACAAUGCCUUCGAGCUGAUCAAGGAAGAAAUCGCCAUCAUGAAGAAGCUCAACCACCCGAACCUCGUGGCAUUGCUCGAAGUGCUCGACGACCCGGAAGAAGACUCGCUGUACAUGGUCAUGGAGAUGUGUAAAAAGGGCGUUGUUAUGCAGGUAGGUCUCGAUGAGCGCGCAGAUCCAUACACAGAGGAGCAGUCGCGGUGUUGGUUCCGGGACAUGAUACUGGGCAUGGAAUAUCUUCACGCUCAGGGAAUCAUCCAUCGAGACAUCAAGCCCGACAACUGCCUCAUCAUGGAAGACGAUGUGCUGAAGAUUUCAGACUUUGGCGUGUCGGAAAUGUUCGACAAAGAGGGCGAUAUGAAAACUGCGAAAUCCGCUGGAUCGCCUGCUUUCAUGCCGCCUGAGCUGUGCGUCGCCAAGCACGGCCGUGUCUCUGGGAAGGCUGCGGAUAUCUGGUCCAUGGGCUGUACGUUGUAUUGUCUGAUCUUCGGCAGGAUACCGUUUGAGAAGCACGGCAUGCUCGAGCUCUACGAAGCGAUACGGGAAGACGACGUGCAGUUUGACAGUUCGUGCGACGGUGAUCUCAAGGACCUCUUCAUGAAGUUGCUGGAAAAGGACCCAAAGAAAAGAAUAACGAUGGAACAGCUGAGAGAGCAUUCGUGGGUCACACGGCAAGGGACCGACCCUCUAUUACCCACGUCGGAGAACGUGGCUGUCAUCUUGGAUCCGCCCACUGAUGAAGAAGUCAAUGCUGCUAUCACUGGAAACAUGGGCCAUUUAGUCACUGUUGUCCGAGCGGUAAAACGUUUCAAGCAAUUGCUCUUCAGACGGCGUCCAGAACGCCUGGAAAGUAUAUUAGGUAGUGCUUCACGCAUGGUCCAACCUCCGUUAUCCAUGCGACCUUCGACAUUACGAAAAUCGAAAUCGCAAGACACUCACGACCGACAACCCCUUGAAGGAGCACUGACUACCGAAGGCAUACAUCGCAACAUCAUUAUCGACAGUAACAACCGCAAGGUCCCUCAUAACUCCAAUGACAUGGCGUUCAUAAAACCAAGCCUUCGAAAAGAAACUAGAAGCCAUUCAGGAGUCAACACUACCGCACCAAGCAGCCCAAGCACACUACAACCCAUAGACACUACUGGGGGCAAAGUAAUACAUGAAAACACGUCAUAUCGACCUGGGCCAUCGCAGCCCAUCCUCGUCCCUGGCGCGGCAUUGCACUCUGGACCCUCUACGCCCACUGUCGGCAAAGGCCACGCCCACAACCCACUAGAAGACACGCUCUUCCUCAACAUCGGCACCGGCGGAGACUACGAACCCACACCGGAAGAGUCAUGCAUCAUCUCCGAAUCCCCAUCCAACGCCGACAUGAACGUGUACGAAUCCGCGUACGAAGAAGAAGUGCAACGCAUCAUCGCCCAACGCAAAGACCAAUACCAAAACCGCCGCCCAACGCUCUACCUCACGCGCCGCGUCGAAAACCUAAACUCGAUCCGCGACAACGACUGCAUCUUCGACGACGGGCAGGACACGCGCCGCGACAUCAAGGGCGGGUUCAAGAGCUUCGUCCAGAAAACUAAAGAGGAUAUCGAGGCCCGCGGCGAAAUGCAGAAGCUGCAGGAGGGUAAAGAGGGCAGGCUGAGUAGAACUAUGCGCAAUGUCCGCGAGGCUAAGAGGCUCGUUGAGGAGGCUAGGGAGCGCGUGAAGAUUGAGGACCGAGAGAAGGAGCGCGAGCGUGAGAGGAGUCGGAGUGUUACGCCGCUGAAUAGGACGGGGAGCUCGGGGAGUAUGCUGAGUCGGAGUGGGACGCCGGUGGCGGUUGAGAAGUGAGGCGUGGUGUGGCAGUGGAUGGUGUUGGAUAGGUUGUGGUGAUGGUUAUGGUUACGAUUCUUAUUCUGGAUACGUGUAUGGACUCCGGCCUGGCUGGGAAACAAGCAACAUUAUUGCUUUGGCAGACUGAAUGGGGUUUUUUAUUUUCUGGGGACUGCCCUCCCCCUCCUUUCAUGGUGUACAGUCUCUUGUAGGUAGCUUCAGCUUUACCUUGUACACGAAUGGAGUUGGUGCUUAUUCGUAGCUUUCUACUCAACACAUACAC